AUGAAGAGAAUCUACGUUGAUUAUCUCACAAGCCAUGAUAUCCUUAUGAGGACAAAUGGAGUAACUCACCGUCGUCGUAGCGGCAACCAACGAUAUGAGCGCAUCCUGGCAUCGUGUGUCGAGGAAUAUAGCAAAGCGGCAGACAAAUUCGGGUUCCGUAGUGCACUUUACCUCAAACUUCAGGCUCUCGAUCUUCCCAUGCGAUUCCUUCAAUAUGACAAUACAGCUGAGAAGUACUACCCUGUGACAGAGACUGGAAUGCGGAUUGCUUUCCACAAGGUGGCGAAGAAGCUGAGCGAGAGAGGAAGGAAGAAGAUGAGUUCUGCAAUCUAUGUGAACGAAGUCACGGCCUCUGACAUCCUCUUUUGGGACGACGGAUUCGAAAACAAAUCACAUACCGGCAAUCAACUCCUACGCCGAAUGCUGGAACCAAAGGUCAAGGCUUACCAAAGCACAAAACACCAACUGGAAAUGUGUUCCAAAGUUCUCUGGCUGUUGAGGAAAGACCAUCCUUCCAUCCGAUUUUUGCGACGCUGUGAUGAUAAUCAAAAGUACUGUCUCUGUAACAAGGAAUACUCUGUUUGGAGGAUUCAAAUUAUUCUUGAGGGCAUGGCCAUUGCGGAUCAUUGCCCCACAAAAGACCCGGCGAAUACGCUUAACAUGAGUGGCAACGAAAACGGUCACCAUGUAAUUCUUCCAAGCCAGAUCAAAUGCCCUGUACCGCGAGCUGUCCUCACUCGAACACGAGGAGUAGUCAAACUCCUUUCAAAGCCGACCAAUGCAACAUUGACUCCUCAUGCUGCAGUUCUACCAAUGAGAUAUGGUGACUCGGGACAAAAUCAACUUUGCAGUGGGGUGGCUAAGUCCGAAAUUGACGGGACAGAGAAAUUAUUGCAAGAGCGACGAAAGAAUUCCGCACUUUUGGAAAUAAUUCCCACUGCCAUCAUGAAGUCUCUACUUCCAACUCAGAAGCAGAUUCAAGCGGUAUACUCGAACCCAGAACAGUCGCAUUGUUACCUCGGACAGCAUCGUUGUGCAGAUCUGGGCAGUGUGAACAAGAUCCUCCCCCCGCCUGGCUUUGAAACUGUGGCUCUUCCACAGCAGCCAAGAACACAAGUUGCAAUGCAAGAGGAAGACCGAGAUGACGCCGCAGGCCAAUACAACCAUCAAUUUAAAGAAUGUCGGGAGAGUCACGAAGAGUGUAAUGCCUUUGGUAAAGAGGAUUACAUGUACGUGGAAGCCAUGAGUCGAACAAUGGUGACGGGAUUGUGUGGCUGGGAAUAA